AUGUUUCCCCAAGGCAUUCAUCAGUACAAAGGGAUUCUUCACCUGCUUCUUCAUUUUAGGUGGACGUGGAUCGGAGUGCUCUAUCUCGAUGAUGAUAAUGGGGAGAGAUUUGUGCAGAAUGUACUUCCGUUGUUUCCCCAGAAAGGCAUCUGCUUUGAUUUUAUUCAAAGACUCCCUAAACAAGGAUUUUCUAAUGCUAUUGAAACUCUUGUGGAAGAUGGGAUUAAAACAUACAAGAUUAUCACUAGGGACACUUCCAAUAUCUUAGUCAUACAUGGGGAACUACAAACCAUGUCAGUUCUUCUCUUAUUGCUAGGAAUUCCAGAAUAUCUUGACAUGGACAAAUCAAAAGGAAAAGUCUGGAUUAUGACAGCUCAGAUGGAUUUUGUGUCAUAUUCUUUUAAAAAACCACAGGACAUAGACUUCAUCUAUGGUGCUAUAUCCUUUGCAGUUCACUCAACAGAUGUGUUAGGAUUCCAGACUUUUCUUCAAACCAUAAAUCCCACCUUAGAAAAAGAAGAUGAUUUUCUCCAGAUCUUUUGGGAACAUGCCUUUGACUGUUCUUUACCCAAACCCAAUGAAGACAACGUGUCUAGGAGACUUUGCACUGGGAAGGAAAAACUGGAAAGUCUCCCUGGGACAAUUUUUGAAAUGAAGAUGACUGCCCACAGCUACAGCAUCUACAAUGCAGCCUAUGCUGUAGCACAUGCCUUGCACUUCAUGUAUUUAUCACAGUCCAAGCAGAGACAAAUAGGAAAAAGCGCGCAGCAGAAGAAUCUUCUCAAUCAAGUUUCCUGGCAGCUCCACCCCUUUUUAAGAAAAGUUUCAUUCAACAAUAGUGCUGGUGAUAUUAUUUCUUUUAAUCAAAAUGGUGAACAAAUAGUGGGAUUUGAUAUUAUAAACUGGGUAACCUUCCCAAACCAGUCUUUUCGUAGAAUCAGAGUUGGAAUGAUAGACCCACAUGCUUCUUCAAAAGGGGGAAUUUUCCUUGAUGACAGUCAUAUUGUGUGGCCUGUCCGAUUUAAUCAGGGGUAUCCCCUUUCAUUGUGUAAUGACAAUUGCCAAGAGGGUUAUAGUAAAAGAAAGAAAGAAGGGAAGCCAUUUUGCUGUUAUGAUUGUUUUCCAUGUCCGGAAGGAAAAAUAUCAAAUCACAAGGAUGCAGUCACCUGCUACCCAUGUCUGGUAAAUCAGUAUCCAAAUCCUCAACGACGUUUAUGCAUUCCAAAAACUUUAAGUUUCUUAUCUCUGAAAGAACCUUUAGGGGUGUCUUUAGCUGUUCUGGCUCUUUUCUUUUCUUGUCUGACUUCACUGGUGCUUUGGCUUUUCAUUAAGCAUCGAGACCUCGCAAUAGUCAAAGCCAACAACCGGAGUCUCACUUACCUUCUCCUGAUCUCUCUCCUGCUCUCCUUCAUCUGUGCUUUAUUGUUCAUUGGGCCACCAGGGAAGGUUACAUGUCUCCUUCGCCAAACUGCAUUUGGUAUCAUCUUUUCACUAGCAGUUUCAUGUAUAUUGGCCAAAACCAUAAUUGUGGUUCUGGCCUUCAUAACCACCAAACCUGGAUCCAAGAUAAGGAAAUGGUUGGGGAAAAGGCUGGCUUAUUCCAUUGUCCUUUCCUGUUUGCUUAUUCAAGUUAUGAUUUGUACUACGUGGCUGUCAACAGCUCCUCCAUACCCAGAUGCUGAUGUGUACUCAUCAAAUACAGAGGUUAUAUUGGAAUGUAAUGAAGGCUCCUCUACCAUGUUCUACUGUGUUCUGGGUUUCAUGGGAUUCCUGGCUAUUGUCAGUUUUACUGUGGCUUUUUUAGCCAGGAAACUCCCAGACAGCUUCAAUGAAGCUAAAUUUAUUACCUUUAGCAUGCUGGUUUUUUGUAGUGUUUGGCUCUCCUUCAUUCCAUCCUAUUUGAGCACCAAAGGAAAAUACAUGGUAGCCGUGGAGAUUUUUUCCAUCUUGACCUCCAGUUUUGGGUUACUGGGAUGCAUUUUUUCCCCAAAAUGUUUUAUCAUUUUGAUGAAACCUGAGAGAGAUUUAAAAAAACACAUACAGGAAAACGACAUCAAUGAAAACCCACACAUUUUGCCAAACAUCACUCUGGGCUUCCAGAUCUAUAACAGUCACUUGAGUGCAAGCUCAACUUAUCUUGCCUCAAUGGAACUUUUCUCUACCUGGAAGAAGUUCAUUCCAAAUUAUAAGUGUGAUAGCAGGAGUAGUGCAAUUGCAGUCAUUGGAGGACCUGACUCAAAUGUCUGCCGCCAUAUGGCCACCAUUCUAAGUAUCUAUAAGAUUCCGCAGCUCAUGUAUGGUUCUUCUCCAGCAAUGGAUAACAAACAUGAAGGAGCUUUUGCUCAACAGAUGUUUCCAAACUGGACUCAUCAAUACAAUGGAAUUCUUCACUUACUUCUAUAUUUCAGGUGGACAUGGAUAGGGGUGCUUUAUGUUGAAGAUGAGAAUGGGGAAAGGCUUGUGCAGAAAGUCCUUCCAUUUUUUUCUCAGAGUGGCAUUUGCUUUGAUUUUAUUCAAAACUUACCCAAACACAGUUUUUCUAGUAACACAUUUAAUCUUGUAGAAAAAGGGGUUGAAACCUAUAAGAUAACUGAGCGAAGCAGUUACAAUGUCUUAUUCACGCACGGAGAACUGCAGACAAUGCUAGUUUUCAGAGUAUUUAUCGCACUUUCAGAAUAUGAUAGAUUGACUAAGGCUGAGAGAAAAGUUUGGAUCAUGACUGCUCAGAUGGACUUCACAUCCCUCCCUUUUCAAAGGAAUACGGGCAUAGACUUCCUUCAUGGUGCUCUCGCUUUGGCAAUUCACUCUGAGGAGAUAUUGGGAUUCCAAACAUUUCUUCAGACCAGAAAACCUAGCUCAGAAAAAGAAGAUGGCUUUCUCCAGCUAUUUUGGGAAAGUGUAUUUGGAUGUUCCUUGUCUAACCCAAACUCAAAUAUGGACCUGAAAGGACCUGCACUGGAGAGGAGGAGCUGA